UCCAAGUGGUGGGUUCAGCAAGGGAGGAGGAAUUGGUGGAGGAUUUGGGAAGAGUGGUGGAGUUGGCGGUGGUGGAGGUGGAGGAUUUGGUAAAGGUACUGGCUUCGGUGGUGGUUUUGGCAAAGGCAUUGGAAUUGGUGGAGGUUCUGGUGGAGCAUUUGGUAAGGGUUUUGGUGUUGGAGGCGGAAUUGGUAAAGGAGGUGGCUUUGGUGGUGUUGUAGGAGGAGGGUUCGGAAAAGGAGUUGGAAUUGGUGGAGGUUUUGGUAAAGGUGGUGGGUUUGGCGGGGGUGGAGGUGGUUGG